AUGAAGUUACUCAUUGAAAAAGGAGUUGACAUCAAUGGGAUCGACUUGGAUGGAAACACUCCAUUUCAUGACGCGGCCGUAUCAAGCGGUGAUUUCCUCCCCGUGCGAACUAGGCUCGAGGUGAUUCUUGGACUGGGCGGGCUUGCAAACACAACAGACCAUCGUGGGCAAACAGUUCUACACAAGGUAGCCAGUCUUCCUAACCCGAGCACCUGUGACCAGAUAGACUUCCUCUUGCAACCCAGUCUAGGCCUAGAUGUCAAUGCACGAGACAAUAAAGGCCUUGCGCCUAUCCAUUGUGCUUCUUCAAAUUCAGGGAUUAUCACAUGGCGACUUAUACAGGCAGGGGCAGAUAUGCAGGCUCUAUCACAUGACGGUCGAACUCCACUACACUUCGCGGCCGCCGCGGCGCAAAGCAAUGUCGUGGGCCUACUGUGUAAACUAUAUAAGGAAAGUUCCUUGUCAUUAAACCAAAGGGAUGAGCACGGUUGCACUCCUCUGCACUACGCAGCUAAUUCAGGGAAUUCUGAAUGUGUCUAUCACCUGUUGCAGGUUGGAGCAAAUCUUAACAUCACAGACUGCCAUGGAAGGACCCCGCUACACAUGGCUGCAGAGCAUAAAGUCGAUGUUGCGGCACUAAGGAAGCAGCGUAAACAUAGCGGGGAAGAAUGGUGGACACGAAUUAUUGAUGGAUCCAACACAUUGGGACCUUUUAUACACCCGCUCCUGCAAAGCCGGAGAGGUGAUGCAUAUUGGAAUCUCAGCUUCGUUAUCGAGCGUGAAAGCGAAGCAUAUAUGAUGCAGGAUAUUGUCCACUUACUGCUGUCUGCAGGCGCCGACUUCAAUAUGCGAGAUAGCUCUGGUCAAACUGCCUGCGAUGUCGCUUUACAUCUAGGUCACGAAGAGGUAUGGAAUGUGCUCUCAUGUCGCAGGGAGCAGCGUGAAAACAGAGCCUUAAUGGGUCAACUGUGUUCUUUAAAGAGUAUGCAUGCUGAGGAGAUCGUUCAAACUCUAAGUCUAGAAAGGUCGGAUGCCUAUAGCCUUCUUCAGGCGGCUAUUUCGCUGAGAAACCAGACUAUACUGGACGCUCUAUUAGGUGCCGGAGUGGACUUGAUGACCAAGGGCCCUGACGGGCUGACCUCGGUACAUUACGUUGUGCACUGGGGCCUCUUAACCACGAUGAAGACUAUGGCACCGUAUGUGAAGGACAUUAAUGCUUUCUCUCCCCCGUUGCUCCACACUGCAGCGACUCGAGAAUUGUCCAACUUGCAGAUGAUAGAUUUGUUGGUCGAACUGGGUAUCGAUGUCAAUGCUUCAUAUCAGGAUCCCUUCGAUGAGGUUGCCAACGCAAGCACGGACAGACCAGGCCCACCAGCCCCAGAAUACACGGCAACACAUAUUCUCGCAGCAGGCGGGCAGUGGUGGAACAUUGCAGCGCUUGAGACUCUCUGCAACGCAGGAGCAGACCUUGAAAUCACAGACUCGAAGGGAAACACCGUCCUACAGUGCGCGCUUGCCGGCGAAAGCCAAGGUCCAGGUAGACAUGGCUUCUGGAGAGAUGAGACUUUUGAGGUGGUUCUAAGGCAUGGCGCGAAUAUCAACAAGCUGUCGCCCAGCAACGAGUCCACGCCUCUUCUCGUGGCUUUAAAAACCAAACGAGGUUGUAAACUCGUCCAGAGACUCCUUGACCACGGCGCCGAUAUAAAUCUGGGCCCCGUACCUGCCUUAUUUGUUGCCAUAGAAAGUCGCGAUUGUGAAGCUAUGGCCAUGAUCCUGGACGCUGGUGCGGAUGUCAAUGCGGUAUACUAUCCAAAGAGACGAUAUGGGGCGACUCCCGAGGUGGAAACACCCCUCCUAGCUGCGGCCAUGGAACCAAGAGAAGUUGGAGAGGCGAUUAUGGCCCUCCUCCUGCAGCGGGGAGCAGACCCGUUAUUAGAGCUUGAGGAUAGCAACAGUACAGUCUUCCAUCAGAUCGCCCACUAUCAUGGCCGCAUUGGGCCCAUUUUAAGAUCUAUGCCUGAUGUUCUCGACGUCACAAACCGCAGCGGCCUUACCCCAUUGCUGAGUGUUUGCUCCUCUGUCGAUGGAUAUUAUACAGGCGAAGAGUCGACAUCAAUUGAACUAAUACAUGCCGGCGCAAAUAUCAACGUCACGGACAAGGACGGCUCAACUCCUCUCCACCUUGCCUGUCGUUCCGGCAAAUGCGCAACCGUCGCCCUGUUAUUGGAAAAGGGUGCAUCCUGUUCCGCAACCAACAACACCGGUCUGCUUCCUCUCUACUACGCUCUUAGCUACGCGAAUGGCGACAACGAAAGAUUUGAAAUGACCAGGGCAUUGCUUGACGCUGGUGCAAAUCCCCUCAUAACAGGUCCGAACGGCGAAACAGCACUACACAUUCUCGCCCCACUUCUAGUAUAUAUUAGCUCCUCCUAUGACCACCGAUCAAAAGAAGAGAUAUACCGCCAGGCUGUGUUCGAAGAUCUAUACAAUCGCUUCGUAGAAUCUGGCUGCGAUGUCAACGCCCGUGACGCCCAUGGAAACACACCUUUGUUUCCGUUUGUUCGGACAGUCCAGAAGCGAGACGAAUAUGGCAUGGGCUCACCGCCUGCAGAAGACGAUGUCCGCCAGAUGUUCCAAGCUCAUGAUAUAUUUGUGGUUAAUGAUAAUGGGGAUACGUUGCUACAUGCUAUCGCAGCGCGGGAAGAUACACCUGAGAGCGAGAGUGAGCCCGAUGGCGUGUAG